ACCGGAGCCGGAGCUCAGCCGCAGCGGAGCGGUCCCCGGUUCACCUCGGGGACCCUGCCGACUCUGCGCUUGGACGGUGCCGGGAACCACGCGGGACACGAGACCAAGAUGCAAGCCACCCCUCUGGCUGCUCCUGCUGGUGCCCCCUCCAGGAAGAAGGGGUUAGAGUUGGACAAUGACCUAGAUGCUGAGUGCCCUACCCGGAAACGAACUCGAAGCCAGUCCCAGCCCCUGCUGCCCCCCUGCCUGCUGCCCCUGAGCCCAACCCCCGCCCCAGAUCCUGUACCUGCUGUGGCCACUGCCUCCCGGCUUGGGCCCUACAUCCUCCUGGAGCCUGAGGAGGGUGGCCGUGCCUACCGUGCCCUGCACUGCCCCACAGGGACCGAGUAUACCUGCAAGGUGUACCCGGCCCCCGAGGCCCUGGCUGUGCAGGAGCCCUACGCGCGGCUGCCCCGCCACGAGCACGUGGCACGACCCGCUGAGGUCCUGGUGGGCACCCAAUUCCUCUAUGCCUUUUUCGAACGUUCCCACGGGGACAUGCACAGCCUGGUGCGCCGCCGCCGCCGCCUCCCUGAGCCCGAGGCUGCUGUGCUCUUCCGCCAGAUGGCCGCCGCCGUGGCACACUGCCACCAGCACGGUCUAGUCCUGCGGGAUCUCAAACUGCGCCGCUUUGUCUUCACCAACUGUGAGAGGACGAAGCUGGUACUGGAGAACCUGGAGGACGCGUGUGUGUUGACCGGGCCGGACGACAGUCUAUGGGACAAGCACGCCUGUCCAGCCUACGUGGGGCCCGAGAUCCUCAGCUCACGGGCAUCCUACUCUGGCAAGGCGGCAGAUGUCUGGAGCCUGGGUGUGGCGCUCUUCACCAUGCUGGCUGGCCACUACCCCUUCCAGGACUCAGAGCCUGUCCUUCUGUUUGGCAAGAUCCGUCGCGGGGCCUUUGCCCUGCCGGAAGGCCUCUCGGCUCCAGCCCGAUGCCUGGUCCGCUGCCUCCUUCGACGGGAGCCAGCUGACCGGCUCACAGCCACGGGCAUCCUGCUGCACCCCUGGCUGCGGGAGGACCCACGGCCCCCAGCCCCAUCACGGUCCCACCUCCGGGAGGCUGACCAGGUGGUCCCUGAUGGACUGGGGCCAGAAGAGGCUGAGGAAGAGGAGGGAGACAAGGAUGUGGGUUUAUACGGCUAAGGCCUCCCUAGUAGAGUCUUAGCUGCCAACAGUGGAUUGAUUUGGGGUGUCUCCAAGCUUUCUCCCUCCUCUUUGAACUGAGCCACACUUUAAGUGCCUUCUACAGGGGAGGAAGGAGGAGGCAUGUGCAGAGCGUGCUGUUUUCACACCUGUGGUGUCCACACGCCUGUGCACAUAGGCUUGGCUAUACAAUAAGUCUGUCCUGGGUACUUGCUGUAUGCCAACCCCUAUUCUGGGUGCUGGGAACACAGCAGUGAAAAAAGAGACAAACCUCCCUGCCUCACAGAGCUGAUACACUGGUGCUCUUGAGCCAGAGACCCCUCUCCAUGUCUACCCACCAGGGCCUGCCCUGGACACGUUAGUACCCACAUGUCAGCACCCACUUGCUGGUGCUGUGGUGCUUCUGUCCCUAGGACAGUCCCUUUCACCAACAACCCCACUGCCUUUUGUGUCUAGCACCUCGUGAAAGCGAAAUGUCCUUGUGCCAAAUGCCUCCAGAGCUCAAGGCAUGCUGGGAAUUGUGUUCCCAGCAGCUCUGUCUUCUUGAUUAAGAGGUACUUUAUCCAGGCCCAAGCCAAGGAUGUGGGCCAGAAGAGCAAGAAUCCAAACUAUGAGGCUGGUCCUCAACUAACUUAAGGAAUGGCUUAGAAUGAGCGUCCAAGCCUGUCUACCUUGGUGACCCCUGACCUGAGCACAGAGGUUGGAGGCAGGAUUAGCCAGGGGUAUGCCCUCUGGCCACUUGGAAGUAUCAGGCCCUGUUCUGGGGAUCCCACUUCAACACUAUGGGUUUUGGAUACCAUGAGUAUAUAUUUUUACCUUGUGCCUUAAUAAAGGAGAGUUAUAAAUCA